GACAAAGGCGGGUGGUUCCUUCCUUGUGUGGCUCAGGCUAUCGGUCUCACACUGCCUUCGUCUCUGCUCCCCUAAUCCCUUUGAACGACGUUCCCCAUCUUCCAACAACUCACUGUAAUGCUACUUCCUCACCUGCUUUCCGUCCAUUGUUUUUGAAUUCCAGUGGUUGAUUUCGGCUGAAUGAGCUCCCAUGCCUUUGUUAGCUGGGAUUUCUACUGCUCAGCCUGCCUUCCACAAUUUCCAUCGUACCGUCACUGCCCGUUCAUGUUUUCAUGUUAAUAAGUCAUUGGGUUCACUUACUUUUGGGAAUGACAAGGAAUUAUCUUCUUCUUGGAAGUCCCUGAUUAUUCCGAAACGGGUGAACUUCAGUGCUCACCCUGAGAUUUCCAGGCGUGUGUUCUUGAUUAGAGCAGUUGCUACUCUUGAAUCCAAGCGUGUGGUUCUUGAUGGGAACAGGGACGUUUCUAUGGGGGAACGGACUGAAUUUAAGAAUUCUCAGGUGGGUGUUGCCCCGAGUACUUCAGAAUUUCAGCUUACGUCUUCCAGUGGAGAUUCGGAGGAAUUGGAUGAGAGAGAACGGUUGAGGCGAGAGAGGAUUUCCAAAGCAAAUAAAGGAAACACGCCUUGGAACAAAGGGAGAAAGCACAGUGCUGAGACACUUAGACGAAUCAAGGAGCGAACAAGGCUUGCAAUGCAGGAUCCUAAGGUAAAAAUGAAGUUGGUUAAGCUUGGCCAUGCUCAGAGUGAAGAGACAAGGCUGAAAAUUGGGGUUGGUGUGCGAAUGGGCUGGCAAAGACGUCGUGAGAAGCUGGUAUUACAGGAAACUUGUCAUUUCGAGUGGCAAAAUUUAAUUGCUGAAGCUUCAAGACAAGGCUAUAAGGGUGAGGAAGAACUGCAGUGGGACUCCUACCAAAUCCUUAAUGAAGAACUUAAAAAGGAAUGGGUGGAGAGUGUUGAGCAACGAAAAAAAAUGCCAAGGCCGGUUGGAAGCAGGAGAGCACCAAAGUCAGCUGAGCAGAGGAAGAAGAUAUCGGAAUCUAUCUCUGCAAAAUGGGCUGAUCCUGAAUAUCGUGAUCGAGUUUGCUCUGCCCUGGCUAAAUAUCAUGGCACGCCUAUUGGAGUCAACAGAAGGCCAAGGAGAAAGCGCAGUGAAAGUACGGAUACCAUGAGAACCAGCCAGAAGAAAGAAAAGAGUGAUGUUAACUCUUCUUUUGCAGGUGGUUCUAGAAUUGAAAAUCAACGGUUGAAACUCAGGAAAAUCAAAGCACCACGAUUUAAAGACCCUUUAGCAAGCUCGAAGCUGGAAAUGAUAAAGAGUAUCAGGGCACAGAGAGCUAUCGCAGAAACUCAAAAAACGGAAGCCGUUGAGCAAGCUAGACUCCUGAUUGCUGAAGCUGAGAAGGCUGCCGAGGCCCUUGAGGUUGCCGCUACUAGAAGCCCUAUUGCUCGAGCUUCUCUGUUAGAAACAAGGAAGCUUAUAGCUGAAGCAAUACAAUCAAUUGAAUCCAUAGAUAUCAAACAAAUGGCAUCCCCAAAGACUGAAGAACCGAAUGCAGAAGCCUCCCACUCCUACGAAGUGGGCACCCCAAACAACGAGGGAGAGUCACUUGGGGGAAAAGAAGAUCAAAUUAGAGCAGUCCAAACAAUAGCAAAUGGAACCCAGUUGUUUUCAUCGAGCAUAGAUGAGGAUUUUGAUUUCAGUAAGUUUAGUCUGCAGGAUCUAAUCGGUGGAGAGAAGGAAGUUCCAGCGAGCUCCAAUGGAUAUGGCGUAUCUCACUCAAGUUUUUCAAGUCUGGCAAACCAACCUAAUGGAAAUAAGCCAUCUUCUUCCUUAAAUGGGACCAAACUUCAUCACUUGGAAGAGAGAGCGGAUUCCCAAGUGAUUACUGUCACAAAAAAAUGGGUUCGCGGGAGGCUCGUUGAAGUAGCCAAAGGAUGUUAGGCCUCGAUGUUCAAUGAAGCAACACCCAGCGAUUAGCAUUUUAUCGUCACAUCUGUCAUCUGUGUAAUACAAACUAGCUGAUUCUGUUGAGUUCUUGGAGCAUUUCAUCAUAGUCAUCAUAGUAGUAUUGACAUUAGAGCAGCAUCCUCUGUCUGGUUCGAUUUCUUUAUGUAAAACAAUCUCAACAGUGUUGACUAUGAUAUAAUUCAUUUGCUCCCCUUCACAUCUCUACCUCUAUUGCCCCAUCUACGGUUGUGCAAAAUGAUGCAAUUGAGGGGAGCCAGAGUUUUGUGGAUAA